GUGUAUAUAUAUAUGUUAGUUGUGACCUAGCUACUUUAUUGAGUACUACAUGUCAACAUAUAUAGCGCAGGUAGAACAAGGUGAGUAUAUAAGUACCUUGGACUAUAAGAAGCAGCUAGUCUACACUUCACUUCACAAUAGAGUGCCAGUGGGUAGUGAUCAGCAGACCAACAGGGAUUACAUCAGCCAUUCGGGAGUUCAGUCACAGUUUAGUUAUAUUUUCUGUUAAUACUGGAGUUAUAGGCUUGCAUCACAAUGAACGGAAUGUUAGGUGGCGGGACCAGCUAUGAGGAAGCAAAGAAGUUGGCAGAUGACAUUAUGGCCAGGAUCAAGUGUCGACCAGUGGUCGGCAUCAUCUGUGGCUCGGGGCUUGGAGAACUCGCAAAUAUGGUGACGGAUACCGAGAUUAUGGGGUACGAGGAAAUACCUGGGUUUCCUGUCAGUACAGUGCCAGGGCAUGCAGGAAAAUUGGUAUUUGGACAGCUUGGAGGCAAGCCUGUGGUUCUCAUGAAGGGACGUGUACAUUUUUAUGAAGGGUUCACAAUGCAAAAGACUGCUCUGCCUAUUAGGAUCAUGAAGCUGUUGGGAGUGCAAAUUCUAAUUGUUACCAACGCAGCUGGAGGGAUUAACCAGGAGUAUGAGAUAGGUGAUCUAAUGAUCAUAAAGGACCAUAUCAACAUGCCUGGAUUUGCUGGAAUGAACCCACUACAUGGGCAAAACGAUGAGAGGUUUGGUCCCCGUUUUCCUGCCAUCUCCAAAGCGUACACCAAGCGCCUCCGCGACCAUGCUAAGACUACAGCCAAGUCUCUAGGAUUUGAAGGUUUCCGUAUACAUGAGGGCGUGUAUUGUAUGCUGGCUGGUCCUUCCUUUGAGACUGUCACAGAAUGCAAGUUCCUCAAUAUGAUUGGGGUUGAUGUGACCGGUAUGAGUACAUGUCCGGAGGUGGUUGUGGCUGCCCACUGUGGAAUGGAGGUGUUUGGUAUGUCGCUGGUCACCAACAAAGUGGUGAUGCAGUACGACUCUGAGCAGGUGGCCAACCAUGAGGAGGUUUUAGAAACAGGAGCUUUACGAAGCAAAGACCUACAAAAGCUUGUUGCUGCCAUGCUGACCACUCUGGAGAUAAAAUCUCAACCAUAAUGCACAGUUAACUCCGCAAGUGUUCAGCACCUUUUCUCAAGGAAUUGUUAAAGUCAGAAUGAGGGAAGCGAUAAUUGCUAAAUUGUACUUACUUAUUAGAUGGUUACUUAUUAGAUGUUAUUUUUACUAUUUCAUCUUUGACAUUAUGUGAUAAAGAUUUAAUAAAAAUACAAAAGCAUCAUUAAUACUGAAGCUAUUUAUAGCAGCUAGCUAUAUAGGAAAUGUAAUCAGGAUUGUGGUAAUGGAUAGAGAGUUAUUCAUUGAAAAGUACAAUUAUUUUCUAUGGUAGAUAUUUAUAUUGUUAUCUCAGUUUAUAGUGAAUCCUUUUUACCAUAAUACCAUAAUGGGUAAUACGGUCCAGCAAUAAAAAAAAUCAUGUGUUUUUAAAGUGUAUGCAUAAGUAAUGAUUGAGGAUAGCUUUACUUGGCCAAUAGAAGUAGCCUUGUUUAUCUACUUGUAUAGACAUCAGGUCCUUAAAGGCAUUGUGUGAUGAUGAACAAAAUAAUGUUACGAUGUCAUUUAUAAUAUUAAUUAAUUAAAUACUUAAAUUGAGAAGUGAGGUGUAAAUUAUCUUGAUACGUCCUCAUACUGCAAGUGACUUGUAUUUUAUGUUUUGAUGUUUUGAUAGAUAUAGUAUUACUUUUACAGCCACAAAGUUUUUGUUUUUUAAUCUUUACUCAAAAAAUCUUGAGAUAGAUGGGGUUUUUUAUUUCCUGUAUUAAUUUAUUUUCUAAUAUCCAUGUACUGUUUACUUAUUAUACUUGCAUAGUGAUUAUCAAAAUGCUAAGCCAGGGAAUGUAAUUAUUUUAUAGUUAUUUUAUGUAAAUUACAAAAUAAGAGUUAAGAUCUAUAAUGUUAUUAUAAACAUUGAUACAGUUUUCUAUGAACUUGGUUAUUUAUUUAUAAUCUAUUAACCAAUGCUCCCAGUGUUUCAUUCAAAGUCCAUCUAUACAAAAGGGAAAGAAGUUUUCCUCUUUUUAUAGAUCAAUGUAUUUGGUAUAAAAAUCCUGAUACUCAUAUUUUUCUGAUCAUCCUAUGAAACAUCAUUUAUCUCAUGUUUCUGGUUUAACCUGUAGCUAGCCACUUGCCAUACUGGCACUACAAUAGUGUUUGUAUAAAAGCCUCAGUUGUAAGAAAAUCCUGGUACAUUGUGUAGUACAGGUAUGUCAUAUGUACUAGCAGUGAUGUUAGUAUGUCCUGUGUUAAGAUAUGGGAAUACUUGUACGUCAUCUAAUGAUUACCUGUAGUACAUUGCUUACCUGUAUGAUCUGUAGGAGAUUGCUUACCUGUAUGUUCUGUAGUGCAUUGCUUACCUGUAUGAUCUGUAGUACAGAUUGCUUACCUGUAUGAUCUGUAGUACAUUGUUUAUCUGUAUGAUCUGUAGGAGAUUGCCUACCUGUAUGAUCUGUAGUACAGAUUGCUUACCUGUAUGAGCUGUAGUACGGAUUGCUUACCUGUAUGUUCUGUAGUACGGAUUGCUUACCGGUAUGUUCUGUAGUACGGAUUGCUUACCUGUAAGUCAUCUACAGUACAAUUUUGGUGAUUUCCUGUAUCAGUUAUGAAGCAGAAUUGCCACCGGUAACUGACAUGUCACAAGAAGUGAUUACAGUAAUCUGUAUGAAUUACAUUCCCCUGUCAAAUACCCUCUACUUUCAUCGGUAUUUAGUUUAUGAAGCAGUAAUCCUUAUUAGAUUAGAUGCUGAAUUUUACGGAAAACUGCAGAAUAUACAAAAUGUGUGUUAUUGAACGGGUACUUACAGCUAUGUUAUGUAUACAUUGAGCUUGAGAUUACAAAAGGUUUGCCUCUAACACAGCUUUAUCAUGUGGAAUUUGACUUCAAUAUCGAUCUAAUAUAAGCAUCAGAGUAAAGGGGCGAAAAAGUUUAACUUUAUUUUCCAGCCUGACAUAACCUUUGAGUAUUGUUUGACUAUGGAAAAUGUGUAACCAAACAGUUUUGAUAACAAAUGUCACACCAGUUAAACAUAUUUAUCAAUUUGGUAAUUAAAUGCCAAAUUUUGGUUCUUUUUGGCCUCAAUAAUACAGUGCAGUCCUCCCAUCUAGUAAUUAAGAAUAUUUAUUUUUUAUUCAAUUUGGGGGAAACUGUUGUUGUUAGCUUAAUUCCGACUGUAAGCUAUAAGCAACUUAAGGUUAUUUUUAAACUCAGGCAGACCUAUAUACUGGUACCUUUCUACCUGAAAAAUAUUAAAAUGUCGAAUACAUCACCCUCAACAUAAUUACUGAUUAUGUUGACAUUAAAUUUGGAUUUGAUUGAACUUUUUAACUUUUUACAUACUGAUAUGUUCUCAGUAUUUUCCUCAGUGUUGCAUAUGUACUUUAAAUAUGAGUUUGGAAACUUUCUAAGAAAUUUGUUCAGAAUUAUUAUGUUUCUCUUUGUACCCUGGUUGUGUACUAUCAAGCAUAAUAAUAGUUGUAAAACUGUGUAGUAGCAUGCAUGUUUGUUCAGUUUUGUAUAGAUAAUUAGCCACAAUUUUUUGUUAUGUAAACGAGUGUGAAACAUAGAUAUCCUGCGCACAGACUUGGCCAAAACACAGUUGUCUACCUUUUUGUCACUGGUUUAUGCAUUCCAUAUUUAUAAUCAUUUAGUAAUGUGCUGCACAAUAAAUAUAUUAUUAUAUGGGUAAAUUGUAUUCUUAUUGCAGACUUCAGCUUUUUAUUGCUGGUACAAAUAUUUAUCAAUAGUGCGACGGAAAGAAAAAAAGAAAAAUAGAAUAUUUGUUAUACGUAAAGGUAUUUUUUUGUAACACAGAGUACGAUAACCUGUUAAUGUUCAUUAUUUACCUAGACUAUAUAUACAGAAUGUUAAGUAAUCUCAUUCCCUCUUACUCGUAUAUAACCCGGUAUUAUCUUUACUUACAACAUGUAGUUGUAUGUCUUUUCAACAUAUCAUUCAGUUUUAGGGGUAGUGUUACUUGCUGGCAUGGCUUACCCCACGCCCUUUACAAAGGCAUUUCCAUAAAAAUCCCUCAUGUGUACUUAUUUUUUAAAUAUUUGCAAUUUUAUACUCAUUUUUUGGUAUUUGUUGGUAGAUAUAAGAGUCCUCAUAUAUGUGCUUUGUGAAGUAAUAAACAGAAAAUAUUAACUUGAUUUGUAACCAAAGAAAGAGAAAAGUGUUAGACCUGUGUAAAGUAAAGCACUAUUGUGUACAAUAAACAAACUGAUCAACUUUUCAUUAAACUUAUUUGAACAUUUUCAUCUUCAAUGCUGUCCUUAAACUACCUUAGCUGUUGAUAAGAUGUUAAACAAUACUAAACGAAACCACUCAUUUUCAAUGUAAGACUACACUUUUCUUUAUAUUUAUGUAAUUCAUGCAUGGAUCCUAUACAAUAUCAAUUCAAUAGUCAGCUCUGUAUUGCUGGUAUCAGGUUACUUGAAGGAGAUCUCAAAGCAAUAUAUCUGAGGGGAUGAUAAGGUGUGAUACCGAGGGAGUAUUUUUCUGGGAAUGUUGAGCUCGUUUUGUACUAGUGUUUUAAUUAAGAAUAAUGAUGGGUGAUUGUGGUGUGCUGACGUGUGGUGUAUUGCUGUCCCUGCGUGCUGUACUACCCAGUCUUGUUAGUGUUGGUUCCUACAUCAUUGUACAGACUUGUUACGUCAUCAUGUGAAUGAGAUUAUAUUAAAGCAGACUGUUGUUAAA